AUGCUGGAGGUCAUCUAUGUCGUGAGACAUGGGUACCGCUCCAACUGGACCGUCGACCCAUCCACAGGUCACUACAACAGCACCGUACCCUCACCUACAGGCAUAGUCGCCGACCCAGCCCUCGCCUCAUACGGCGUCCAACAAGCCCGCGAACUCGGAACACACCUCACAAAACUCAACCCACCAGUGGAUCUGAUCUACUCCUCUCCCUUCUACCGCUGCAUCCAAACGCUCAAACCCUUCACCGACUCUCUCGCCUCCUCAGGCAAACCCGCCAAAGUCCACGUCGAUCGCGGCGUAGGAGAAUUCUACGGCCAAGCACGAUUCGACCACCCAAGUCCGGCAACGAUCGAAGUUCUGAACGAACAUUUCGACAACCUCGUCGAGGCUGAGACGAGCAUCAUCCCUUCCAAGAACGGCGAAUCAAUUCCUCAACUUCACGACCGAGUAGCGUACGCUCUCGAUGCUAUCAUUUCUCGCGCCGACAACGACCCUUCAGAGCCCAAGACUUUGCUGAUUUGCACGCAUGCCGCCGCCAUGAUUGCCAUCGGACGAGCGCUCACUGGUCGCAUGCCGGAGGACGAAUGCGAGGAUGAUUUCAAUUGCUUUACGUGCUCAUUCAGUAAGUUCGUAAGGAAGCCGCAGAGCAGAUUCACGGGAGGUGGAGUGACAGGCAUGGGACUUCCGAAUGCGUGGAAUCCCGAGAAAGCAGACGAAGUGCCGGACGUUGGGUGGAGAGGGAGAGGUGUUGCUGGAGGUUGGGACUGUGAGGUCAAUGGCGAUUGUUCGUUUUUGACUGGUGGCGAAGAGCGAGGAUGGAACUUCGAAAUGGAGAAACAGCAAUACAACAUGGAACACGGCCUCGCACCCGAUGCUCUCGGUCCACCUCUCACCGCCGAACAACAAGUGGCAGCGCCAGGCGUAGAAGAAGACAAGGAAGCAGGCAAAAAGCAGUAG